AGUGUUCCGUACAUAAUUGGAAAACGGAAAAUCACAGUACACAUACACGUUAUAUACAUUAGCAACGUAUGCAGUCAUCUAUAAACACAUUAUACAUAAUUUACUUGUAUUUAACGUGAAGAUUUUAUUACGCACAAUACAAAAUCUAACUAAUACCAUGCCGAGGUCUAUGUACUGCACUACUGCAGUACUACCACUUCCUUUACUACGCAGUAUUUCCAUGUACUGCGUGUCUUUUGUUCCUCAACGCUUAUCUCUACUUAGCACCUCGAAGUCCAACCGAUUUGCCAGGAGUGUAUGCUCAUGCCACCCAAGAGGGAGACUGUUGCGGCCACCAACCCAACGCCAGUCAAGAUGAUGAAGAUCGCCACGGACGCUCAGGACUUUGUGUGUGACCCGCUGGAGGACAAGUACAGAUUUUCGGAAUCCCCCAGCUACUCACCUUUCGCUCAUCAAGAGAGCGUACCUGCCGCUUUUGAGGAGGAAGAUGGAAGUCCAGGGAUUCGAACCGACACGAUUAGUCUCCUCAUGAAAAUAGAGCAGCUACAAGCACAGCUCAAAUAUGAACGCAGAUGUCGGAUUCUGGCCGAAAGGGAAUUGAGAGAACUAAAAGAGAUGAACGGCCUUAUGCUCCAGAUGAGACAUACGGCACAUGAGCUGCGGGCCACACUGGACCAGGUCCGUCAAGGGACCAGCGAUGCUGUUUCAUCACAGGGCCUGGCAGAAGAAGAAAUCUCCUUGGUUACAGACCCAGAGGGAGAAAUGAGAAUACCGUACCACAUAGCUGAGGAGGACAGUAACUUCCUAUACCUCUCGGAGAGCCUGAGGGUGCCCAGGAACCUUUACGAGCGCAUCUCGGAGAUCUCCGACUUCCGGAAGUACACGUCGGCGCUGCUGAUGAUGCUGUUCGACAGGGAGACCUUGGCCACGCACUCGCUGCAGGGCCGGCGCACCAACGUCACCGGGGACGAGUGUCAGAAGCCCCAACUGCCCCCGGAGAUCCUUAGCAGUAUUAUCGAUCACGUUGGGGUCAAGUUCGCCGUGGACGGUAGCCAGAUUAAGACAGCAAUCCGAACGAAACUGAACAAUGAGGACAAAUUAUUGAAAAAGAGGAUGGGGAUUAAUAAACAACAAAAUGUGUUCGCUCCAAGCUCUAGCUUUGAGCACAACUCUGAACAGAAUGCCGAGGGGCAAAGCACUGAAAAUGAUUAAUCCCUCCAUAUUGAUAGGUCUAUUUUUUUGUGUCUUGUUCACAAGUAUUAAAUAGCAGAUAGCUAUGUAAGUAGAUGGUUUUUUGAUGGAUGCAUUUAGAAUUGAAAUAAUGGUAUUUAAUUAAUGUUUAGAUUAUAGUUCUUUAUAUAUUGAAUUUACAACUAAUUAUACAAUGUUAAAAUUGACAUGCUGUUAUUUUUAAGAAGGUUUCUGGUUGGAGGCCUGCUGGUCUGCAGACCAAAACCACCAUAGAUAUUGCAUUCGUUAGAACAACGUUAAAAUGCAGUUUUUGAAAUGAACUAUUUUUCCUAGCUAUGGGAAAAUGUAAACUCAUCAAUGGUACUGUAAUGGACAUCACUGUGGACAGAGUAUUUAGUAGUUUUGAUUAUUGCUAGAUUUUAUCUACUCAAUACAAUAAAUUAUCAGUCAAGUUUAUGUAACUUAUAGAAAUGUGAUAAACAAUAGAGGGCUAUCUAUGUUUUCUAGCCACAUGGGCAUUGCAUAUAGACGGGUAGUACUGUGUUGCUGGAACGAUUAAAUGUCGGUACAAAUAAUGUGUUUGGAAAUGUGUUUUGGUGCUUCCUCUGUCACACUGUAUGCACAUUCGGUCUGUCUGGCUAUCUCAAGGUCCAAUAAACAGGUAAUAUAUUUAUAUUCUAUCAACAAA